AUGUCAAUGCUUAAAACUCUCCUUCUCCUACCCAUAAUCUUCAUCGUAAUUUGUCCAAUUUCACAUUCGAUAAGAAAUCCUUCAACGCCAUCGCCAUUCGGCUUCAUCAAUGACCUCAAAGGAAGUCACAAAGGCUGCUCAAUUAAAGGUCUCCAUAAGCUCAAACAUUACUUGAAACAAUUUGGCUAUCUCAAAUAUGGAAACCAAUCCAAUUUCAACAACGAUGUAUUUGACACCACCCUCGAAUCUGCCCUCAAAACAUACCAGAGAAGUUUUAGUGUUAAGCCCACCGGAACACUGGAUGCCGCAACAGUAGCCAAAAUGACUGUCCCCCGUUGUGGAGUCCCCGACAUCAUCAAUGGCCACAAUACUAUGCUGAAAAAAUACAGCAAUGAUUCACUAUCUAAAUCCAUCAACAUUGUUGCACACUAUGCACUCUACCCCAAUCGCCCUCGAUGGCCAAGUUCUCGAAGACGCUUGACCUACGGGUUCCUCCCCAACACUCGGCAAGAUGCGAUUCUUGCCGUUGGUUAUGCAUUCAGAACAUGGGAUGUUGCUACACAAUUUACAUUUACCUUCUCCAAUGUUCGAAGCAGCGCAGAAUCGGAUAUAUCCAUUGGUUUUUUCUCGGGAGACCAUGGAGACGAGUACCCUUUUGACAACCUAGAAUACUUAGCCCAUGCCUUUCCUCCGACUGAUGGAAGACUACAUUACAAUGCAGCGCAAAAUUGGGUGAUUGGCCAUGAUCCCGAUGGAGUUGAUUUGUACACCGUUGGCCUACAUGAGAUAGGACAUUUGGUGGGGCUUGCACAUAGCCAAGAUUCGUCGUCAAUCAUGUAUCCUUCCAUCUCGCCGGGAGAGACCAAGGAUUUAAGCCAGGAUGACAUUGAUGGAAUUAUGGAUUUAUACGGUCUACAGAUGAAAUAA